CAGUAUUCAUACCAGUUCCAGAUCAACCCCACGUGUGCAAGGUGCACAUGUACUUUAAGACACAAGAACUACAGAUACAAUAUCUACCGUUGACUCUAUGACUGGAGAGUAACCCGGGAGAUCCUUCAACUACAAAGAUGGAGGACAUAGACGCCAUGUUCACUGACCUGCUGGGAGAGAUGGACCUCCUAACACAGAGUCUUGGGUAUGAAACGGACUCCUCAGAAAUAUCAUCCAGCAGUUCACAGAUAGAAAACAACUUCUCUAUUGGGUUCACAGAUUUGAAAGAAUCUCUAAAUGAGCUAGAGGAUCACGACCUUGACGCUCUGAUGGCUGAUCUGGGGUCAGAUUUGAAGGAGACAGAGGAGACACUGAAUGCAGACAAGAUGGGACAUGUCCACACACAACAGCACAAGUCUGGUCUCUGCACCCCGCAACAAAAUGUCCAGGCACCUAUCCCCUCCUCCUCCUCUCUCCCUCCUGAACCCUCUGAACCACUGCCAGCGGGAGAGGCAGAAGCACAAGCCAGAGCUGACAAAAUCAAGCUGGCUCUGGAGAAGCUAAAAGAAGCCAAAGUUAAGAAGUUGGUGGUCAAAGUGAUGAUGAGCGAUGGCAGCUCCAAGACACUGAUGGUGAACGAGAGACAGACGGUGAGGGACGUGCUGGAUAAUCUGUUUGAGAAGACCCACUGCGACUGCAGCAUGGACUGGAGCCUAUGUGAGACCAACCCUGAGCUGCAGGCUGAAAGGGGGUUUGAAGACCAUGAAUAUCUGGUGGAGCCUCUUUCAGCAUGGACACGAGACAGUGAAAACAAAAUCCUUUUCCUUCUGAGACCCAACAAAUAUCUCCUCUUCAAAGACCCCCAGAUAUUCUACCUAUGGAAGAAACAUAAACAAUUUAUCAAUGAGAUAAAAGAAUGCCAUAAGAAACUUCUGCUAAAGGAACAUUUUGAGGGUCCGUCUGUCAUCGUCCCAGACCUGGAGGGGCCGCUGUAUCUGAGGGAGGACAGGAAGAAAUUGUGGAAACGUCGCUACUUCCUGCUCAGAGCUUCUGGGAUAUACUAUGUGCCUAAAGGAAAGACAAAGACAUCCAGGGACCUGGCGUGCUUCCUUCAGUUUGACAAAGUCAACAUCUACACCACCACUGAUUACAAACAGAAGUACAAAGCACCCACUAACUUCUGCUUCAUCCUCAAGCAUCCUCAGAUCCAGAAGGAGUCCCCGUACAUCAGGUUCCUGUGUUGUGACGAUGAGCACACUCUCUCCCUCUGGGUCAACUCCAUCAGAGUAGCCAAGUAUGGGGCCACCCUGUAUCACAACUAUCAGAAGGCAGUGAGGAGAACCUUAACCACCACCUCCACUCUGCAUGUGACCAGUCUGCCUGUCUCCAGCCCUCCCACACAUUCUACUGGGCACAUAGCAACAGUGAGGGCCAAUGGACAUCCUGAUCAGGACGACCUCUCUGAACCGCCCCCAGACUUUAUACCCCCGCCCCCUCCUGGGUGGGGCUCUGGGGUCUAGGGAUGGAGUUCCGCCCACUCACCCAUGACUUCUGUAGAGGACGUUCUCAACCUACCUACAGACAGACAGGCCCAGUGUUCAUGGACCAGAGCGAUGCUUUUAGAAAAUAGCACCUCGGGAGGUGACAGGCCCUGCUCCAAUACUUCAAAAUGCAUUCUUCCUUUCUUCCCUCCUUCUUUAAGUAACUGAUCUGACAAGAUAUGAUUGGACAACGCAAUGCCGUGGAGACAUUUCCAAACCAGUGUCUGAUGGGAAAGGGGGGGAUACCUAGUCAGUUGCACAACUGAAUGCAUUCAACUGAAAUGUGUCUUCCGCAUUUAACCCAACCCCACGAUGCAUGUUCUUGGGUUAUUUAUGUACUGAAUUGUAUUAUUUAUGUAAUAAGUCAGAAUUAUUCAAGCCUAAGUUAACCACAGUAAAGCUAUGUUGUAAUUGCAACCUGAUGAAGAUGCACAGCAUGUUGGUAUGACGCUUUAUCAACACAGACAUAAUUGGCUAAGCCAGAUCAAUUCCUAUAGUAUUUAUUACAGGCAGAUGAACAUCUCUUUGGCAUUGUGCUUCAUGUCUACCAAGCAAACUCCUUUUACUAUCUGUUAGUUGACAAUUUAACUUUACUGUUGGUCAUUGACCUUACUUCAAUGAAAAACUGUGAUGUAGAGUUGCUAUGGAUAGUGUGUUGCAAUGAAGUGGCUAAGUCAUAUGUGUGUGUGUAUAUUAGUCGUAUUAUUGGGUGUUAAAUUGUUUGGCAAAACGCCAUAGAAACUAAUUGGAUUUCUUAAUAAUAGAUUCCAUUUAGCUGACACUUUUAUCCAAAGCGACUUACAGUCACGCAGGCGUACAUUUUAAUGUACGAGUGGUCCCGGGAAUCAAACCCACUAUCUUGGUAUUGCAAGCUCCAUACUCUUAUCAACUGAGAUAGAGAGGACAACUCUACCACUCUUCCCUAUUCUUUAACUGUCCCAAAGAGAAAUCCCCCACCAAAGAUCAGCUUCAUGUGUUGUUUCGGUGAGCUGUUUUUAUUACAAAAAAGACUGUACAUAAAUGCAAAUGAAGACAUUAUAUAUACAAACCGGGGGCUCUAUUCGAUCCACAUCGCAGAAGUUCAGCUUUAUAGCAAGAAGGCAAUGUUCCCACUUUAACGAUGACGCCAUUCACGAUAAACACUGCAUAUAUAUCGGCUCAAUCGGAGACGGCAUUCACAGCAAAACACUGCAUAUUAUCGGCUCAAUCAGAGAUUCCCUUUCAUUUGUAACGGCUUCAGCUUUCCAGAUUGGAUAGAGCCCCAAGAGACGAGACGAGAAAUAUCACAUUCUGUUCCCAUGAACAGUCAAGUUACAGAUACACUUUUUUUUCCACAUUUCAUCUAAUAAAACAGACAUCAAAUCAAGGCGCAUUGUGCCGUGGAGCCCCGAAAUGUUUCACGUUUUAGUGGUAAACAUAGUGGUUGUCUAAUAAUAUUUUUAUAGGAAAAUAUAAAUAAAUCACAAUCCAAACUGCUAACAAAUAAUGACCGGCAGUCUCAGACAGAGUCUCAGACAGAGUCUCAGACAGAGUCUCAGACCAGAGUCUCAGACCAGAGUCUCAGACCAGAGUCUCAGACCAGAGUCUCAGACCAGAGUCUCAGACCAGAGUCUUUCAAAAACAAUCAAUUGCAGUGCUGGAAAUGCUUAGGUAGAAAAAAGUUGUUUCUCACAAAAUUGACCUCUGAUGGAAGAGUUAAAAAGUACAAUCAAUAACUGGAUGUAGUGGCAAAUUAUUAUUCACAAUAAAACAAAUGUUUUUGUUGUUGUU